AUAAUUAGAAAAUAAAUGGCUUAUCCACAAUCCAGACACAAUUCUUAAACCCACCAAAAACCUCCGCUCCCAAAUGGGGCAAUUACAAGCAGCGCAAUUUAAGGUGUGAGAAUCCAUCGGAUAUCUCUCUGUCCAUGCGUAUCAGUACUCAGUACUAGUCUUGUCAUAUCCCUGGAAACGUUGGCUACCUCUGGGUAGUUUUCUGGUCGUUUUGGUGGGGACUGGUGACGUCUGGGUAGACCAUGUUUCGAUAUGUGACAACGAAAUUGCAAAUUUCCAGGGACUGGAUAUAGUGAAAAAAGGCUCAUCCUUUGCAGGGUAAACUUUCUGUUCUGUUGAGCUGUGUUUUCGUAAGGAGAAAUUUUACGAAAAGAUCCUGUGAAAGAUCUGAACUUUGAGUUUAUUGAAGUGAAAACAAAGAAAUGCUCGUUGCUACAUUAAAUACUAGCCUUCCCUUCCUCUCUUUUUCAUCAUUUUCAUCCUGUGAUACAAUCGUUCAAGCUAUAUGUAGCUAUCCACGUUGUUCAAAUGUCUUGUUUCCAUAUUGGCGGGAACACAAGCUGUUAUCUAGAAGUCUGAUUUGUUUAGCCAGCUCGAAGAAUGCUGGCUCAAGUCCUGUUCCUAAUCCCAGCCAAAAUCCUGAUUCAAAACCUAAAAAGCCAAAUCCCCGGACACGUGAAUCUAAAGCACCCAAAGAUAAAGAUAAAAAUCUGAAGAAUAUAUUCCCCACGACAAUUCCUAAAAAGCCAAGGCGUGGUCGUAGGAGUGAAGCAGCUGCAGUUGAGGAUUUUAUUCGUGAUUCUCUGGAGCGGACAUUUGCAUCAAUCAAAGAACAGGACUUUGAAAUCUUGAAAGACAAGGAAAGCAUCAUAAAGGAGAGGGUAGAUGAGGAGAGUGGUUCUGAUCAUAGUAGUGACGAUGAAGAUCAUGGUAAUGGGAGUAGAGAGAAAAACAUGGUAAUGGAGGAGGAGGAUCCAAAUUGGCCUCUCGAUGCAGAUGUGGGCUGGGGAAUUAGGGCAUCGGAAUAUUUUGAGCAGCAUCCCAUCAGAAAUGUUGUUGGAGAAGAUGGUGUUGAGAUUGAUUGGGAAGGGGAGAUUGAUUAUGGGUUGGUCAAGGAGAUAAAUUGUCUUGAAUGGGAAAGCUUUGCAUUUCGUCCAAGCCCCUUAAUUGUUCUUGUUUUUGAAAGAUACAACAGGGCAAGUGAAAACUGGAAAGUUUUGAAGGAGCUUGAGAAAGCAGCAGAGGUCUUUUGGAAAGCCAAGGAUCGGUUGCCUCCUCGGACAGUAAAGCUAGACAUCAACAUUGAGAGGGAUCUGGCAUAUGCUCUUAAAGUUAAAGAAUGUCCACAAAUAUUGUUCUUACGUGGUAACCGGAUAUUGUACAGGGAAAAAGAGCCACGGAGAUCUGAUGAGCUGGUACAGAUGAUUGCACAUUUCUAUUAUAAUGCAAAAAAGCCUAUGUGCAUUAAUGAUGCUUUUUUGUCUCCACCAUGUUAGUUAAGUGGAGGAACGGUUGAACCAUUCAUUGAUAACAUGGUUGAUAAGCGAUACCGUCUGAAAGUUCCCUUUGAUGUUAGCAAUUCCAAAGGGAGAAAAGUUGAUAAGCAAUUGCACUCCAAGUAAAUGAACUGGCACCUCUUAGUAGAUAAGAAUGUAUUGUACUCUAAAUUGCUGUAUUUCCCUGGCUUAAGCCUCAAGCAAGUUAAUUGUACCUCCUCAUUUCUCCUCCUUUCCUCACAACCACCAGGAAGAGUUUAGCUACUCCUAGAUUUAUUGUAUAUUUAGAAACUAGAUCUCUGUAUGUCUUUGUACAUUUCUUACUGGUUGUGUUUAAUAUAAUCCAACUUGAGUAGACUUAUCCUCAGGGUGUGAAUUUAGCCUA